AUGGAAGAAACACUUGACGAUACCCAAAUUGUCGAAACUGUAUUAGCAGAACAAUUAGAAUGUAAACAAGGUGAUCCAAAAGAUUCUGACGAGAAACCGCCAAAAAUCUCUGCUUCUGAAGGGUUAAAUGGGUUGAAAACUUUUAUUUCAUUUGCAGAACAAAUGAAUAAUGAUUUUUUCUUUAAUAACAAUGACAUAAAAGAAAAUCAAGCUAUUAACGAUGAAUGUCUUGAUGAUAAUUUCUCUGGCAGUGGUAAUAAUGAUUUCUCUGAUCAUGGUAAUGAUGAUGAGUUUUAUGAUAUUUAUUCUAGUGACAGCCUUUCUGAUUAUAACAGUCUUCCUGAUUAUGAUUUUCCUGAUUAUGAUAACUACAAUGGUUCUUCCGAUAAUUAUGAGAACUAA